AUGCCGUUAAUCAUUUUUUCUGGAUAUCCUUGUUCGGGAAAGACGACGCGCGCCAAACAACUUCAAAAAGCUUUGGAAGAGCGCAUAGAAAACAACGUUGAUGGUACGAAAGAUUACCGUGUAGUUCUGAUCAAUGAUGAGUCUUUGGGGAUCAAAAAAGAAGUUUACAGAGAAUCAAAGACAGAAAAAGCCGCUCGUGGACUGUUGUAUUCUUCCGUACAAAGAGAACUCUCCAAGAGUACUAUUGUUCUCUGUGAUGCUCUAAACUAUAUCAAAGGAUUUCGUUAUCAGCUUUUCUGCGAGUCAAAAUCCAUGUAUACACCUCACUGUGUGGUACAUGUUGCUGUACCCAAGGAUCUACCUAAACAACUUAAUGCUACGUCGGAGAAUCCAUAUCCCGAAGACGUCCUAGACGGAUUGAUUUUUCGAUAUGAAGAACCAAAUGGCAUGACUCGAUGGGACUCACCUCUCUUCACAGUUAUUCACGACGAUCCUACGCCUCCCAUUGAUGCUAUUUGGUCAGUGCUCAUUCACAACAAGUCUGUGAAACCAAACUUGGCUACCAUGACCAAAGCUCCUGCUGAAGUAAAUUAUUUAUACGAACUCGACAAAGUAACGCAGGACGUUAUCAUGCUCAUCCUCAAUCAUCAAAAUACGGAGGGAUCUUCAUCGUUACCGAUCCCUGGAAGCCGUCUUCAUAUUGAAAUGCCAGGUAUUACUGUGUCGCUCCCUCUUUUGCAACGUUUCCGCCGUCAAUUCGUUCAUAUUAACCGCCAACAAUCGUAUAAUACCAACCUUCUAAAAGAUAUGUUUGUCGACUACUUGAAUGGACAAUUUGAAACAUUAGAGUGA